CAGUCAUGCAGGAUCCGGCACAGGACGUAUAGCUCAGCGCUCGGGAGGGGGUCCCUGAAAAAGUCACCUGGUUUAAAGACAAAAGGCGACACAUCCGUCAGGUUCAAGCGAUUCUCCUGCCUCAGCCUCCUGAGUAGCUGGGACUACAGACGCCCGCCACCACGCCCUGCUUAUUUUUGUAUUUUUAGUAGAGAUGGGGUUUCACCAUGUUGGCCAGGCUGGUCUCGAACUCCUGACCUCAGGUGAUUCACCCGCCUCAGCCUCCCAAAGUGCUGGGAUUACAGGCGUGAGCUACCACGCCCAGCCUCAUCCACCUGUUUGGAGAUGCCCUCGUGUCUGUGUGGACCCACAGAGAGACACGCACAGGCAUACCCACGGAUGCAGACAUAGACAUACAGGCACACACAUAUACCCAUCGAGAUGCACACACAGACAUGCAGACACAAAGGCACACAUGCAAGCACACACCACAAAGACAUGCACACGCAGAUACACUGACAGGCACACACAUGGACACAGAUACACCAACAAGACUGGCACACACAGACACACACAGAUUCAGACAUAGACACAGAGAUACACUAACAGGCACACACACGCACACAGAUGCAGACAUGCACAGAUGGGCACACACACGCACGGACACACAGAUACACCAACAGGCAGACGCAGACAUGCACAGAUGGGCACACACAGACACACAUGGACACAGAUACAGUGACUGGCACACAUGCAGACGCAGACAUGCACAGAUGGGCACACACAGACACAUGGACACAGAUACAGCAACUGGCACACACGCAGACAUGCACAGAUGGGUACACACAGACACACAUGGACACACAGAGAUACACCAACACACAGACGCAGACAUGCACAGAUAGGCGCACACAGACACAUGGACAUACAGUGACAGGCACACACAGACGCAGACAUGCACAGAUGGGCACACACAGAUACAGCGACAGGCACAUGCACACAGACGCAGACACAUGCACACAGACGCAGACACACAGACGUACACAUACCCACACAGACGCACAGAAACACACAUACCCUCACAGACACAUACACACCACAGAGAUGUGCGUACACACGGACUCAGACACACAGAGACAUUGUGACGUACAGACAUGCAUGCAAGGACAUACCACACAGACGUGCACACACAGACUCAAACACACAAGCACAGCAGAUAGCCACAUAUGCACACACACCAUGCACAUAGACACAGACACAACCACAGCAGUCACAUACGCAUACACACAACCACUGGCACACAGCAUGCACACAGAUGGGCAGAGAUGCACACAGGCAUGCACACAUAUACCCACACAGACACACCCUCACAGAAACAACCACACACCACAGAGACGUGCAGACACACGUGGGCACAGACACACAAGGACAUACUACACACAGACACACAGAAGCACAGCAGUCCCAUAUGCACACAGAUGCAGACACACAGACAUGCACACACAGACACACACAAGCACAACAGUCAUAUGCACACACCCACCCACCCACCGGCACACAGCAGGCACACAGAUGCAGACACACACACAGAGAUGCACACAGAGAUGCACACAGACAUGCACACAUACCCUCACAGAAACACACGCAACCACACACCAGAGACGUGCACAAACAUGCGGAUGCAGACACACACACAUUCUCACGCACAGACACGCUCCAGGGCAUACCACACACGCACACACACACACACAUACAAGCGCAGUGGACAGUCACAUUUGCACACAGACACCUACCAUGGAAACGCCCAGCAGAAACACAGGUACACACACAGCCGUGCACCCUGUCUAGAAAGAGAUGGUGGAGCCUGGAAAAGGUUAGCAGGGCGAACACGAGGCAGGCUCACC